AUGGAGAAUGGAGGUUUGAAUGGCACACACCCGAAUCAUGACAGAAACCUGAAGGCCAACGGCAUCAAUGGUGGAAAGAUGGAGGGCCAAACAUCGCCGAACAAGGGCAAGGCUCCGGCCGAUAUCCCGACGUCAGACAACAUGACGAACGGCGCCCCCGACUCGCAAGACAAGCAGCAACCCCAAAUGUCUACCGGACUCACAUUGCAGCAAAAGCCGAGGAUGAACGACCUACCUGAGGAAAUCGUGCACAUUACACAGGGAUACAUCCCCUUGUCCAUGAUCGUCUCGCGACUUGCGCAGCGCACUCACGAAGACUUGCAGAAAACGAUCAUGGAGAUGGCGGCCAUCAAGUGGGCGCCGCCUGCUGUGAACGGAAAUACACCCCACGGUACCGACGCACCGGACGAUAUGUCGGAAGGAAACAAGAGAAGGAAGAUGCUCAUGCUCAAGUUUGCUCAAGAUGCGCACUCCAAAUGGGUCAAAGCCCUUGUCAUCACGGACUGGAGCAGGAACGCAGAGGCUGUGAGCAAGCUCAUCGACAUCAAGGCGCACAUCGACUCCAAGCGGAUGCUAUUCGACUUCUGCCAGGACUUGUUGAUCGACUUGAAGCGAUCCCUUAUUUCUGCGCGGCUCCCUAAUCCUGAUCUGAAGACUGCCUUACAGGUUCUGACGACUGGUGAAGCGUCAUGGAUUCCCGAGCCGGGUUACAUUCCGCCGCCACCCUUGACACCGGAGGAGCAGUUGAAGUGGAUCGACGAUCUUAACACUAUGCUGUCUCUGCGCCUGAACCUAGACGACUACGACAAGAUACCGUAUCAGUUCAAGAAUUAUACCAUACAGUCGGGCAGAGUCACUUUCAAGGUGAAGGGCGAGUUUGAAGUGGAUCUGACCAUCGCCGAUGAGGACUUUACGAAGCAAUUUUGGUUCAUCGACUUCCGAUUUGCCUUUUCGCCUUCCUCGAGCAAACUUUCCGAUGCGCUGGUAUCAUACCUUGAAAUAAGGGUCAACGAGAUUCUGGGCCAAGACGGCUUGGAGGGGUGCUAUCGAUUCCUCCAUGAGUUCGUCCUCACUCACAAGAUCAAUGAACUCAGACGACAAGCCAUCGAGUUGAGUCGCAGCACGUGGACCGGAACGUUGAUGGUAGAACCCCUUAACCGAGCUUUGGCCCUUCAAUACUGGACCACUCGGUACGGACCCAACGGGCCCAAGAGCUGGGUCAUGGUUGCUGUUAACAGUGCCAAAAAGACCAACGGCCAGACCGACCCAAAGCAUUCCAGUCGAUUGGUUGCGCGAUGGUACCGGGACAACAAGGAGGUCAAAGACGUGUUUCUGCCAUUCGAUGUUGACAACCUGUGCGCUGAGGAUCUGCUCAAGACUGCUGUCGCCAGACACGUGGAGCACAUUCUCUCUUCCAUUCACACCAAGCUUUUGUCAUAUCCGCGGUUCAUGAAGAGGGAGUCCUCCAUGACACUCAAGAUCUCACGUACAGAGCCGAUGGAAUCAUGUCUCAGCAUGCAACUGGGCUCGCGAGACAAUGUCACCCUCGUUAUACAACCGGUGACCGGGUUUGCGGCUAUCAAACCUCAUACAAGGUACUCUCUCACCGGCGAGAACCGACUCAACUACGGUGGCAAGGAUCCUGCCGAGGAUGGCGUUACCUGCCUAGAAAACAUCAGGUGGGGCUAUGUCAUCGAAGAGUUCAACCGCAGGGGACGGAGCGUGGGCUGGAAGGGUUGCAAGAGCCCAAUUGGAAGUGAAGACAUCAAGCAAAUCAUUCGCACUCGGGAGGCUUUCCAGACCAUCUUCCUGCAGCGUCAAAGUCUAGGCCAGGAAUGGUAUGUCAUGGUAUCCUUGAGCCUGAGUGGGGACGAAUGGUGGUUGCUUGAAGUCACGCCGGCACGUCCAGUCAAGUUCCAAACCAAAUUAGAGCUCACUCGAGGACAACCCGACCUGGACGACUCCUUCUGGUCGAAUUUGACCCUCUUCGUUACUGGCAUUAUUACUCAGGCCACUGAUCUGGAAGAUUUGCACCAAAAGGAGGUUAAGUACCUGACCAAGGAAUCGACAAAUUACUCAUUACCGCAACAAGUCCGGCUCCCGUCUCUUAUUCUCAAACUGUCGCAGAUAUUGCGAUCGCCAGAGACAAGUACACAGAAUGCAUCCAAGGCUGCCCAAAAUCAGAGGGGCAACCGCAAUUCAUCUUGGGCUCAAGAUCAAAUCGAAGUCAAGUUCAAGGGGCUUCAACCUCAAUCUUCACUCAGCCAUGGCCCAGAUGGCAACGCCCUCUCGGGUGUCGAUGUACUUGAGAAUAUCCAACUCAAUACUGUGGUGGACGCCACUGUAAGAGUCAAGGACAAGACGAAGUUUGCGCUACUCAAGGGUCGCAUCGAUCGGGACGUAACUUUCAAUCCCAAGAAGGGCGAGUUCAUUUUCCGGAUUCGCCAAUCAGUCGGGCAACCUAUCCUGGAGACUUUGACAACCCACGUCAAGUCCAUUGAUCGCCUCGUAGGCUUCCUCGAGGCCAUGGGCAAAGCACGCGGAGACGUCAAGUGUGAAAGAGUCAGUCUUCGGCAAGUCAUCUUCACAUACAGCGACAUCACAAUGCCUGGCGAAAGCGACACCAUACAAAAGCCCAAGCGUUGGCGGGUAUCCCUCGACUUGGCCAAGAGCGAUAUCCGAAUGUGCUUGGAAAGGGGGAAUCCGCACGUGAGAGUACUCGACUUGCUCACAACACUCGUCAACACUCAAGAUGGUCUCAAAGCAUUACUGAUCUAUAUGCCGUUAUUGCUGCCCAUCCUAAGAACUCUGGACAACAUCGAGUCGAAGUGGGAGCCGUUGGCAACAACGAACCAAGGGCGCUUGGAGAUAUUUGCAAGGUCCAUCGAUUGGAUCGCUCUUCGUUACACUCUCCCUGGAUUGAACGGCCAACCGCGAAUCCUCGUCCUGGAAAUCAGAAGCAAAUUGCGGCGCAGUGAGGUAUGGUGGAAUUUCUCCCGUACGACCCCGGGCGGGCCACCACCCCCGAUGAAGAGUUCAACAGGGUCUUGA